CCAUGCACUAACACGGGACGCCAAUUCCAUUGUUGCUGUUCCAAAGCACAUUCUAUCUCAAAAUUAUUUAUAGAACACUUUAGCCAACUUACCAUCUACCGCCUAUCCCAUUAUGGCCAAUCUACAUUUGAGCUAAAGAAGUUUGAUUCUAUUGCUGCCGACUUCGAAACUGCUGAGCGACAUGACCUCAUCAAGUACAAAUCCAACAGGAGUUGGAGACAGCGCUGAAAUCGAAACCUUAGACAGUUGUUUACCCAAACCGGAUGUUCCGGGAGAUGAUGAACCACAGAAAAUUCCACAGGUCAAUCAGACUGAAGCAAUCCAGGCCUGGUCUGAGCAGACGAGCAGUCCCAGUCCAGAAUUCAAAGGUAAAAGAAUGACAUAGAUUAUUUUCACAUUUAAACCAAUAAUCAAACUCAAAUGAACAUUUGAGUUUGAGUUGAUUUGAAAUCAGGAGAAUUUGAAGCAUUCCUUUCUGUUUUUGUGGUAAUCCAUGUUGGACCACCAUCCUGGGUCACUUGGCGAGAUUAUUAUUCGUCAUUCGCUUGCGAAGAUGACCAAGGCUAUAUUACACGGUGAGCAAGCGAGUGGCCCGCCAGUCUUAUUUGUGCCUGGAAAGCGCUCCCGCUUGUGGGACACACGUUCUUUGGGGGUCCUAGUAGGAGUUGAGGCAAUUUUACUAUUUCUUGCCGUAGGUUUUCCUUGGAUGUACACUCAUUCUCUGAGGAUUUUUCUCCGACUGUGAGUCUGCCACGCCAGCUCGUACUGUCAUUGACAAGUGUCUCCCACCAAUCAAGGUCAAUGUCGGUGGAUUUAAAAGAAGAUUUUAGACAGUCCUUAAAAAGCGUUGCUUUUUUCUGCCCCCACCCACAUUUUUCAACUGAGUGUUUCCCCACUGAAGUGUGCCGAUGAGCUCGACCAUCCCCAAAUUGGAUCAAAAUGUCCACUUGCACAACUCCAAAAUUUGGGAUUUGAUCCAACUAUUUUUAAUGGUUUGAUUUUUGAAUGAAAGCAGUACAAAUAGUGUCGCAACUAACAGUUAAACUUAAACAACUUGAGAUAAUGGCGUCGUCAGACGUCUAGAGCUUUACAUUGCGGAUGACGUGUUUGUCACCUGUGUCUCCAGCUGAGACAUUGUAGAGCGUUAAUUAAAUGUCAGCAAAGAUUAGCAUGAGAUCUGAAUUGGGGGGGGGGAGUCUCUAUCAAAAAACAAAAGCCCCCAAUUAUUUGGAGAUACCGGUAAACGGACACUCUUUUAAAACAUUCGAACAGACAUUUUACAUAUAGCAAGGGUUCUCGGUAAAUGGACACAAUUUUAAAACACUCGGAAAGCUAUUUCAAAUAGGCCUAUAGCAGGGGUUCUUAUACUUUUUUCAGCGCCGAACCCCAUCUCGAUUUGAAAACAUAUUUCCUGCACUUUCCCUAUACAAAAUGAUUGAAAACGCUAACAAAAAAAAAAAAAAAAAAAACAAAAUGAUCAUCACGCCCCCCCCCCCUUUCCCCCCAUCCUGCCAUGGCUAAGAAUCCCUGACAUAAAGGGAGCUGGAUUAAGAGUAAAAUAGUUCAUCAAAUCUUCUCAAAGCUAAUCAGACUUGUUUAACGACUACUGCUUAGCCCGUGAGACUGGGACAAUUGCGAUGAAAGUUGACCUAACCAUAGAUGAGGAUACACUGAGGGUAAAGCUCAGCACAAAUUAUCACAUCUUUCAACACUGUCAUAGGAAAUGGUACAAUUUAUCCUACUUUUUUGGUAGCAAAUUAAUUUUGGUGAAAAAAAAAACCCAAAACAACUCAAGUCAAUAAAACAGAUAGCCAUAUGGUCCUCGUAUUGUUAAUGGUAACAAUAGUGACUAACUCCAAUGCUAUUUUCCUCUUACCGUGACUAAAUCCAAUGCUAUUUCCCUCUCACUGUGACUAACUCCAAUGCUAUUUUCCUCUCACUGAGACUAACUACAAUGCUAUUUUCCUCUUACCGUGACUAACUCCAAUGCUAUUUCCCUCUCACUGUGACUAACUCCAAUGCUAUUUUCCUCUCACUGAGACUAACUACAAUGCUAUUUGCCUCUUACCGUGACUAACUUCAUUUCUAUUUCCCUCUUACUGUGACUAACUCCAAUGCUAUUUUCCUCUCACUGUGACUAACUCCAAUGCUAUUUCCAUCUCACUGUGACUAACUCCAAUGCUAUUUCCCUCUUACUGUGACUAACUUCAAUGCUAUUUUCCUCUCACUGUGACUAACUCCAAUGCUAUUUCCCUCUUACUGUGACUAACUUCAAUGCUAUUUUCCUCUCACUGUGACUAACUCCAAUGUUAUUAUCCUCUCACUGUGACUAACUUCAAUGCUAUUUUCCUCUCACUGUGACUAACUCCAAUGCUAUUUCCAUCUCACUGUGACUAACUCUGAUGCUAUUUCCCUCUCACUGUGACUAACUCCAAUGUUAUUAUCCUCUCACUGUGACUAACUACAAUGCUAUUUCCCUCUCAGAUUCUCCGAAGGAAGAGUCCAGAAAACUCGACUUUCUCUAUGCGUCAGGUGAGUUUGAGGACACGGACGAUGAAAGCGCGAGUGUCUCUGACUCGGAUGUCAGUCUACCAGAGAGCGUCUUGAGCGUCGGCUUCCUCCAGCCUCGGUUAUCGUUCACGCGACUCUCCUCCUUCUUCAACAACUACUGGCUAAGAGACUGGCUGUCCUACAUAGCUUCCCAUGGACUCUACAUGGUCGUACUCUCCAGUAUUUACUUAGCUAUAGUGUACAUCAGCCUUGAAAUACUCUUCUUGUUUGCAAGCAAGGAGAAGUCCCAUCCACCAAAAGUGUGAUGAAUCAUUGAAGCGACGCCAGUCUUUUACAAAUACCUCCACUGUAAUAACCUCAACUUGGAAAGAUCAAAACAAAAUAAUUUAUCAAUAAAUUAGACCAGACAGUUAUUAAGGCUCAAGUUGUACACAACCUAAGGAGUAUUGAUUCACAUACCUGUAUCCAAACAAAUAAAAUAAGAAUUUCAUCAAAACAUUAAGGCAAUCAAAAUUUGUAAAUGCAUUUGACAGAGGUCGGAUGUUUCAGGUAGGGUUCUUACAUUCUAGUGCCACUCAGCUGAUUCUUAUACUCUAAAAUAUCUUGUCAUUGAUGUCCACAUCAGCUGAUUCUUACUCUUAAGCCUCAUGUCAUUGAUGGCAGUAAUGAGUAAGAGACAUAAACAGAGCAAAAGCCUGUAGAAUCAUGUGGGAGUUAGAUUUACAGAGAUUAAACCAGUGGA